AUGAAACUCUUCCUAGCUCUACUAGCCCUGUUCUCGACAGCUUUUGCAAGUUUACUUCCCUUCAACGGAUUCCACUCCCUGGAAGUUCACCAAUUGGCUACUAAUAAGCCAAUUCCUGGUGGCUCCCCCGUUCUCCAAUGCGAUGUCGAUGAUAAGCAGUUAUUGGACAUUAGCUCCGUCGAAUUAUCACCAAAUCCUCCUCAAAGAGGUCACAAUUUGACCAUUGUAGCAUCAGGUCAGUUGCACCAAGAACUAGUCGAUGGUGCAUAUGUCGAUGUAGAAGUCCGUUUGGGUUACAUUCGUCUGCUUUACAAUACCUACGAUCUAUGUGAGCAAUUAGAGGAGCACGAUGUUGACGAUUUGAAGUGCCCAAUUAAACCUGGUACUUAUAACUUAAAGAAAGAAGUUUCCAUCCCAGCGGAAGUACCACCAGGAAGGUAUGUUUUCGUCAUGAGAGCCUACACUUAUGACGAUAAACUAAUCAGUUGUUUGACUGGUGAAGUUCUAUUUCCUGCAGGGCAGGUUAGACUAUUUUAA